UUAUUUACGCACGUUAUUUCGCCUAAAACAAAACAAAUAUAUAGACGAAGACAUUUACGUAGCCUUCUGCAAACACAAACAAGUGAUGUUGUAACUGCUAAGGUAGGACAAAUCUAUAAAAGCCCAGCGAUGUGUCUGUUCGACACCAUUGGGAAACCUAAGAUUGGAACGAGUACUUGACAGCAUUCAAUCUGAUCCUCAGCGUUCAAAGGCCACACCAACCAUGGCAAGGGUUAUAAGUACCGUUCUACUGUUGAUCUCCACACACAUGUGUCUCUCAGCUCAUGUUUUCACCCAAGACGCUCCAAAGUUCUGCAAGGGUCUAGAGUGUCCUGAAUUCACUACAAUCCAAUCGUCUGAGGGAUACGAGGAGCGCCAGUACAGUGAAUCUAAAUGGGUAAGCACUGAGAUAAUGAGCAUGAGUUAUGACUCGGCUUCCAGCCAAGGAUUUGAACGUCUCUUCAACUACAUCGAGGGAAACAAUGAACAGAAGCAAAAGAUUGCCAUGACUGCACCGGUCGCUACCCGAGUGAUCCCGGGCCAGGGCCCCGCAUGUGAGAGCAAUUUCACCGUAUCGUUCUUCAUCCCAGCAGAACACAGCGCUAACCCUCCAGCUCCUAGUGAUUCUGAUGUCUUCUUUACUACCAUCCCUGCUCAUCGUGCUUACGUCAAAUCCUUUGGUGGUUUCGCGUCUCAAGAUGACUGGAUCCAGGCUGGUGCUGAAUUAGGCCGUGCUCUCGACGCGUUACACUCAUACGAUAGUUCUUACUAUUACACGGCUGGUUAUGACAGUCCUUUCACCAUCUUUAGCCGACACAACGAGGUCUGGUUCAUCGCAAACUAAAGACUAACUUCAGUCAAAUGAACUUA